UCUGUUCACAGGUUGCUCGUUAAAUUUCCAGAGUUGAAUUACCAGCUUAAAAUCAAGGUUGCCAUUGAUAAGGAUUCUGGAGAUGGUUCUGCGCUGAGAGGGUCACGGAAAUUCAACAUAUUGGGAACCAAUACAAAAGUCAUGAAUAUGGAAGAAUCAAAUAAUGGAAGCCUGUCAGCAGAAUUUAAACAUUUGACCCUCCGAGAACAAAGAUGUGGAAAUGGAGGCAGAGCUAGUAGUGAUGCUUCCCUCAUUGUGACUGAAGAGCUGCAUCUAAUAACCUUUGAGACAGAAGUUUAUCAUCAAGGACUUAAAAUUGAUUUGGAGACCUCUUCACUGCCAGUUGUGGUAAUCUCCAACAUCUGCCAGAUGCCAAAUGCUUGGGCCUCAAUCCUUUGGUAUAAUAUGCUAACCAAUAACCCAAAGAAUGUGAACUUUUUCACAAAACCACCAGUUGCGACAUGGGAUCAGGUAGCAGAGAUUCUGAGUUGGCAGUUUUCUUCCACUACAAAAAGAGGCCUGAAUAUGGAGCAGCUAGGGACACUGGCUGAGAAGUUGCUUGGUCCUGGUGUCAACUAUUCUGGGUGCCAGAUCACUUGGGCAAAAUUCUGUAAAGAGAAUAUGCCUGGCAAAGCAUUUUCAUUCUGGGUAUGGCUGGACAAUAUCAUAGACUUAGUGAAGAAAUUUAUUCUUUCUCUGUGGAACGAUGGGUAUAUCAUGGGCUUCAUAAGCAAAGAAAGAGAGAGAGCUUUACUGAAUGUAAAACCCCCAGGCACAUUCCUCCUUCGAUUCAGUGAGAGCAACAAAGAAGGAGGAAUCACGUUUACGUGGGUGGAAAAGGAUAUCAAUGGAAAGACCCAGAUCCAGUCUGUGGAACCAUACACCAAACAGCAACUAACCAAUAUGUCUUUUGCUGACAUUAUCAUAAGUUACAAGAUCAUGGAUGCUACCAAUAUCCUCGUGUCACCGCUAGUGUAUUUGUACCCUGAUAUUCCAAAGGAAGAGGCAUUUGGAAAAUAUUGCUGCAGUGAACCUCAAGAAGCUAUUGAUCCCAAUGAUCCAGAAACAUUUGCAUACCUGAAGAGAAAAUUCAUUUGUGUGACACCAACAAAUUCUGGCAACACAAGUGACCUGUUCCCAAUGUCUCCACGUACACUGGACUCUUUAAUGCAUUGUGGAAGUAAUAAUGAAGGACCUGAACAAGGAGCAGCAGGUGGCCUUGAUUCCAUUACUCUGGACAUGGAGUUUGGCACAGAAUGUGCUGCUUCUCCAAUGUAAAUUCUAUCCACCUUUAGGCAAAGCAGGAUCUGUUAUCCUGGUUAUAUCUUCAGUAUGAUUAACCACUAGCUAUAAUAGUUUACAUUGUAAUUUGUUUAUAUCUAUUGUCUUUUGAAAUUUAAGUGCUUUAAUAAUGUUACUAUUUACUUGCAUAUAAUGCUUUUACCAUAUUGUAUCGUGUUCAUUUCCAGCUGUUUGUUUCAAAUCUAAUACAACGAAGAAAGAUUUGUUUCAUACUAGUCCAAUGCUUCAACCUGGAUCCUUGCAGCCCCUGCGUUGGCAAAUGGUUCAGAAUGAAAUAAACUUGUUGCAAUAUGUUGCAAGACUCUGCUGCACUAGGGCAUUAUGCUACCCUUGUAUAUUGUCCUUUCUUAAAUGGAUUCAUUAAUUAUAUGUUCUCAACGGUUUCAAGUAUGCAGUCUCACCACAUGGUGAGGUUAAAAGUAAGUUUGUCAGAAGCAUGUUUCUUCACUGUCUGAAUUCAGGAAUGAUUUACUUAUGAAACAGAUGUGGACUACAUUGCUGCGUCUUCGCCCAAGUGUACCUUGUUUGGAAAUUGAUUCACAGUUGUGUGGAAACCAACUGUAUGUGCAUGACAUUUUGAACUGUUUUUAAAAAUGUUUUUAUUCAUCCUCUGAACAUGGACAGCCCGGGAGUCUGGCAUGGAUUACCUAUUCCUAAUUGCUUUAAAGUCACUGGCACACCUUUCUUGGACUGCUAUAUCAGUUUGAGACAGCCGAGCAGUGUGUUAGGUCAUUUCAGAGCAUGUUUAAAUCAGUCAUGUUGGUAUGGACUUGUACUUGCACGUAAGCCAGUCUGCGUGAAAGUAGUAAAUUGUUUGCCUUAAAGGUUGCUAAGGAAUCAGUUAGAUCUUCAUCACAAACCAAAACCGUGGUCGCUUAUAGAUACCAGCUUCUUGUUUCCAUAUGUUUUUACUAACUGAAGUCAAAUUCUGUAACUGCUAUCAUGGGCACUUUGUUUGCAUGAUCUGGAUUGUUAAUCCAGGCCUGGCCUGAACAGAGCUAAGAGAAAGAAAUGGAUGCUGAGACUGGAAUAUAUAGAAAAAGUAUUAGUCAUCUUGUUGAUGAACUUCAUCUUCUCUGACUAUUCAGUAGUUAUCCGAAGGGAAGCAUAGUGCCAUGAUGCAUUGGACAAGCUGACUGUACUCAAUUUAUUUUAAAAGUCAGCUGAAUUUUCUUUGCAUGACUGGAUAAUGUAAUGCAUUGCUAAAUUUAGCAAUAAAGUGGGAUUUUUAUGCAGCUCAUCAUUGGGUAAAUCAAUAAAACUUGUUCUCAAAAGUAGAUUUUUUUUUUUAAUAUUAAAAACAUUUUGUCUUAUGUUGCAACUCUUGACCGAUGUUCUAAAAGACAACAACACCUAUGCGGUGUAUUUCCACUGAGGAGAGAAGAUUCAAUGUACUAAUAAACUUAGAAAUGUUUGAAUGUGUAAAUUGCAUUAACCUGUGGGAAAUUGUAUUAUAUCUGGGAUUUAUACCCUUUUUAGAGAGGUAUUGUUGACAUUGUUGGAGCUGAACAAUAAUUAAAAGCUGUUUGAACUAUCCUAGGCCAGAGGUAGAAGAUUAUAAUUCAACAAGGUCUGCGACUAUUCUGUCUUUCAAUGAUGCAAUAUUUAUCACGGACAGAAGUAUAUACAGAGCAAUGCUUGAUCUCAUCUGGGGAAUGCAUUUUAAGAAUUCUUGAUAAUGUCCUUGAACUUGAUUGAUUGUUUAUUCUAAUCAAUGUGUAAGUGAAAUGCUACAUAUGACCAUACCUUUUGACCCAAGUGCAUUUUAAAACUAAAAAAAAGUAUUUUCUUUUCCCCUGCGUAAAACUUCUUUGCAAGAGGCCACAUAGUAGUGUUAACAGUUCCAAGGGGUAUGCAUUGUACUGCCAUUGAUAAUGUUGCUUUAAACAUAUAAUCAUGAUCUUUUACUUGUAACUCAGAAAUUCAUUCAGUUAUGCAGAAACAAUUUUUUAGUGUAUUUUUCCCUGUACGUUACAGGAGAGGGAAGAAAACUUCUAUAAGUUUGAAACGUUUUCUUGAUCAGGAAACUGAAUUCAUUGGCAAAAGUAAUUAUUUAACAGAGCUACUAUACAGGUGUCCAGGUUUGAAUUCAACUGGUUUAAGUAAAUAAGAAACACUUUUAUUUUUUAUUACGUCUCAUUUCCCUGAUUUCAAUAUAAUGCAGUUCUAUUUAAUUGUACUAUAAAGCCAAUUGUACGCAUCCGCUUUCUUCAAAAUGAAUUUACUUUUCAGAAGUAGGGAUGCAUAUUUCUACUCCCCAAAUUGUAUAUUGAGCAAAGAAAGAAUGUAGGAUGUAAUGAAUUCUAAAAAUGGUUGAAUGUCAUUUUAAGUUGUAAAGCAUUCUAAGACCAUGCAUCCUAUUCUAAUUUCAAUGUUUUUAUUUCUCAGUUUCAUUUUUGAAAUGUACGUUUUGACUAUAUUCAAGAUGUGUAUAUGAAAAGUGUGUGUAAAUGAAAAAGGCAGCAUUCAUUUAUGCUGUAAAUCUCCGUAUCCUUUUACUGAUUAAAGGGCCAAGCUUUAAA